CACCCCCGGUAGUCGGCUGUUCCAACCACCUCCGCGGGUCCGGAAGUUAGCGCCGGCCCGCCCCCAGGGCCGGAAGUCAGCCGCCAGCAGGUCCAGAGGCCCUGAGGUCCCUCCCGCUCCGCGUCAAUGCCCGCAGGGGCUGUCUGAAAGGCUACCGAGAACGGGAUUCCUGGAGCCUGCGUUUCGAGCGUAUUGCAGGCUGCAGGGCACAAUUCUCCACGUGUGGAAGAUCGGCCCCCUUGGCGACUCAUUCCCUCAGCAGAUACUCUGGGACCUGCGGACCCUCCGCUGGGUGUAGCCCGUUGUCUUGGCGGCUGGAGGAGACCGCAGAGCUGACUUUCUCGGUCAGUGCCAGUAGACUCAGACCGUGAUGAACUUUCAGUUCCCCUUCCGGGAGGCCAGCACAGGGAACUAGGGCGUUCCGGUGGGUGCCCCGGCUUCCUGUCCUGGAGAGGAGCUGAGUGCUUGUGGGCAGUGGCUCAAGGACUCCAGCUGUCUGUGUGUCUGCCCCUCCCAGCCCGCGGUCGCCUGUCUAGAGUGGUGGCAGUACGUUCCAGGGAUGUACAUGCAGGUGGAGACGCGCACCAGCUCCCGCCUCCAUCUGAAGAGGGCUCCGGGCAUCAGGUCCUGGUCCCUGCUGGUUGGAAUCCUGUCGAUUGGCCUGGCUGCUGCCUACUACAGUGGAGACAGUCUGGGCUGGAAGCUCUUCUAUGUCACAGGCUGCCUGUUCGUGGCCGUGCAGAACCUGGAGGACUGGGAGGAAGUUGUCUUCAACAAGAGCACUGGGAAGGUGGUGCUGAAGACGUUCAGCUUGUACAAGAAGCUGCUGACCCUGUGCAGAGCAGGCCACGACCAAGUGGUGGUCCUGCUCAGCGACAUCCGGGAUGUGAACGUGGAGGAGGAGAAGGUCCGCUACUUUGGGAAGGGCCACGUGGUGGUGCUUCGGUUUGCCACGGGCUUCUCCCACCCCCUCACCCAGAGCGCUGUCAUGGGCCACCGCAGUGACGUGGAAGCCAUCGCCAAGCUGAUCGCUACUUUUCUGGAGCUGCACCGUCUGGAGAGUCCGGCAGAGCUGUCUCAGAGCAGUGACAGUGAGGCUGACGACCCUGGGAACCAGAGCUGACCCCCUGGAGCUCCCCGACCCCGCCUCGGUUCUGACAGUGCCUCAGCAGGCCUGACGGGCCACCUGCGCGUCUCAGUCCUCAUCUCCCAGCCAUGUCCCCAGGAGUCGCUGGGCAGGACCCUCAGCUGUUUCUGCUGCUUGCACAGCAGGACCUUCUCUGCAGGCUCCGUGGUGUCCAGGGAGGGCACAGGCCUCCUCCUGGAAUCAGACAGUCUGCUGGGGCAGCGUGGCCUGGUCUGGACAGGCCCUUAGCCAUGUGGGGCUCAAGCCUCUGAAACGGGAAGGAAGGACACCCAGGAGCCCAGGGCGUGAGGCCCAGGGCUGAGCUCUCUGAGCAGGAAGUCAGCUCCCAGGGCGCCAUGAGGUUUCAGCAGGCGGCAGUGGGGCGAGCAGCUGGUCCGGCUCUGAGGACGCCGUCCUUGGGAGUCCUCGGGUCUCCUGCCCUGCCCCCCCUGCCCAUCACCUCCCUUGCUGGACGUCCUCAGGGAGGUGCUGGCCCCUGAGCUGCUGGGGCUCAGGGUGGAUGCCCAGGGGCCCACCUGGUUGCUGUGCUGAAGCCACUCCCAAGGCCUCCCCAGCCUGCAGACCGCUGUCCACACUGGGGCCUCGUCUCAGGUUCAACCAGGGCUGCAGCCAGCUUCUCAUGGGGAGGGUAACCUCCUGCCCCCACCUUAGCAGAGGCAGGUUUUCUAGGCUCGUGCAGCAUUGAAAAGCAGGAUCCUCCCCUCAGAAAUCAGUUCCCCAGCUUCUUGGGAGCCCUGGCGGCUGGGCCUGUUUGUGCGUGGCCGGGAUGGGCCAGGCUCACGGCCGCCCUUCAGCAGGGCCUGGGCCGCCAGCUACAGCCACUCCCAUGGAGGCUGACCCCUGCCUGCACCACUGGUUUUCUCCCACUUCCCUGGACCCAGGUCAGUCCCUCAGGUUCGGCGUGAGCCCAGAGCACCCCUGCAUGGCGCCUGUGAGGCUGUGCCCCCGGGAAUGGCGGGUGGAGCAGGUUCUGAGGCUGCCUGGGCCAGAGACCGUGACUUCUGGGGAACUUGAGAGAAAGGAGACUUCCCUUCUUGGGGUGGUUGCCAGCCAGCCCUUGGUUUGGGGACGUGGUCACUUAAACAUGCCGGUUAGGUUUUUAAGUGGUUGAAUCUCAAAUUCUUUUUCUGCAGAAGUGUGGAACACUGUAUUUGGUUUCUAGCGUGUUCGCCCCUAGGCUGGAAGAGGCCCUGAGACCAGGGGGAGGGUGUUUGGCGGCUCCCCUCCCGCAGGGCUGGGUUGGGUGAGAAAGGAGGCUCUCUGGCCAUGGUCAGGGCCCAGCUGCCACCAGCGGGAGCUGGGGUGGUGCCGGAGUCCUUCAGAUCUUUGUCAGUGGCGUUUUUGGCUUCUACUCCUUUUUAUUUCAAAGGAAUUAAAGUUCUACAUGCUGACCACAAAA